ACUCCCUCCCCCCCAUCCCCGCCACGUUCCGCAGCUGUGGUGCGUGGCGGGCGUGGCUUGGGAUUCCCCGGAGGGAGGGCAGUGUGUCCGUCCUUGGCGGAGAGGGGAGGUGACUCCAGCUGCCGCCCGCCGCCCGCUGAAGACAGGAUGAGGGCCCUACUGGUCUCCCAAGCGCUGAUUCGGUCCUUCAGCUCCAGCUCCCGGCACCGCUUCCAGAACCGGGUGGCUGAGAAGCAGAAACUCUUCCAGGAGAACAAUGACCUCCCUGUGCACCUGAAGGGCGGGACCACCGACAACGUCCUGUACCGACUGACCAUGGCGCUGACUCUGGGGGGCACUGCCUACAGCUUGUACUGCCUUGGCUGGGCCUCCUUCCCCCACAAGAAGUGAGACCAAGAAGCCCAGAGGACUGGGGGACGUGGACAAACACCAAUAAACGUGCAGGCUUCUUGGGAACCCA